GUGCCAUUUUUUUGGAUGAAUCACCAUAGCAUUCAUGUAUCUUAGUUACUACAGCACAAUGACAGGAUGCUACUAAUAUAUAGCAUAAUCUUGACUUUGAGGCCUAAUUAACUCAGCCCAAUCACAGGAGAACGGCUUUUUUCCCUCUUUAAGUAAAUUGACCACAAGGGCAUUACAGAACUAUUGACCACCUCUUCUCCUCCCUACUAAAAUAGCAAGAGAUCCUCGAUCCUCACAGCUACAGAUUCAAAACUGUCAAUGGAGAUUUCAUGGCACACCAAGACCUUCUCACUUCUGCUCCUUUUCAUCUUUUCUACAUUAGCCCCUUCCAAGGCAUGCCACCCAGUUGAUAAAGAAGCAUUACUUGAUUUCAAACACAAAAUCACAGAUGACCCGUCAAAACUGUUGCUUUCUUGGACAGUUUCCUCUGAUUGCUGCACUUCUUGGGAAGGCGUUGCCUGUGAUGCCUCAGGCAGAGUGGUCAAUGUGUCUCGUCCUGGACUUGUUUCAGACAAUAAUGACUUCAUCGAAGACACAUACAUGUCAGGAACUCUGUCUCCUUCUUUGGGAAACUUGUCCAGUCUUCAACUUCUAGACCUGAGUAAUCUCAAGGACUUGAAGGGACCAAUACCACAAGAACUUGGCAAGUUGUCGAAGCUUACACAUCUCUUUCUUGAUACAAACAAGCUCACUGGAUCAAUACCAAUUACAUUAAGGUACUUCUCUCAGCUGAAAAAGAUAUAUCUUAGUGACAAUUUUUUAUCUGGUAUUGUUCCUCCAUCUGUUAUGAAAUCCUGGACUUCUGUCUCGGAACUUGGUUUAUCAGGAAAUGCUUUGUCAGGGCCUAUUCCUCCUACAAUUGGUAAGUUGGUUAUGGUAACUAAGCUUGAUCUACAUGAAAACAACUUUACUGGUAGCAUUCCCACAAGCAUUGGAAAUCUUAAGAAUCUCAAAUAUCUUGAUCUAUCUGAGAAUCAGAUAGCUGGAAGCAUCCCGCAGUCCAUCGGUGGACUUGCUGCUUUGGAACUGCUCUAUGUCAAUCAAAAUCACAUCACAGGAAGGAUACCAUCUUCGAUAUCUGGACUUAGUUCUAUGAUAUUCUGUCGUUUAUCAGAAAACAAGUUAUCAGGCAGCUUACCACCAUCAAUUGGCCUGCUCUCGAAGAUUCAAAGACUAAUCCUUGAGAACAACAAGCUCACUGGAAAACUACCUGCAACCGUGGGUCGUUUAACAACUCUUACUGAUAUAUUUUUCUCUAACAACUAUUUUACAGGAAAGAUCCCUUCAAGUUUUGUAAAUUUACUUAACCUUCAAACACUUGAUUUAUCAAGAAACCGGCUCUCCGGCCAGCUUCCUCCUCAGCUAGCUAAGUUGAAGAGCUUACAGGCUUUAGAUCUUUCAUAUAAUCCCUUAGGACUAGUUAGAAUACCAGACUGGUUCCAGGAAUUAAGAGUUUUCCAGCUUAUGUUGGCAAAGACUGGGAUUGAAGGGGAGCUUCCUCACUGGCUAUCUUCGUCAUCAAUAUCACAACUUGACUUGUCAAGCAAUGCAUUAACAGGAAAGCUACCUCGGUGGAUUGGUAACAUGACCCGUCUUUCAUUUCUCAACUUAUCAAAUAAUGGCUUUCACUCGUCCAUCCCAGUUGAAUUCAAGAACCUUUCACUUCUGAUGGAUCUUGAUAUUCAUUCCAACAAGUUCAGUGGCCGCUUAAAUGUAAUAUUCUCUAAAGAAGCCCAAGACCCGCUAGGUCAUUUUAAUUCCAUUGAUCUUUCCAGCAAUAUGUUCACUGGUCCAGUUGAUGAUGACAUAGGAGAGAGACCAGCAAUGGCUUCUAUUCAUUCAUUGAUUCUAUCAGACAACACAUUUAGAGGACCACUACCAAAGUCAGUUGGGAAACUGGGAGAAUUGCAGGUCUUGAAGCUAGUGAAUACUGGGCUGUCUGGGACGAUACCAGUGGAGCUUGGUGAUGCCAAAGAAUUGUCCACAAUUUUACUUUCCAAAAAUAAGCUGACUGGUGCUAUUCCAGAGAUUGUGCUAAAUUUGAAGGAGCUAAAACAAUUUGAUGUGUCUAGCAACAAACUAAGAGGCAGGAUUCCUCCUCACAAAGCCAUUAUCCCUGCAUCUGCAUUCAAGAACAAUCCUGGUUUGUGUGGACCUCCACUUCCACCUUGCAAACGCAUUUAGUAUAUUCUCAAGAUUUUCUUUUUCUUCUUUCAUUUUUUACUCUGUUGUGGUAUUUAAACUUUUUUCAAGUUCCAUAUUAAUUGGAAAAUUUUGUAUUUAUUUAUUAAGUCUCUUUCCUUGA